AUGGACAGACACGAUGAUGUUCCAAUUUUAAAUCAACAACCACAACUACAACAAAAAAAGUGUCAUGGUAAUCGAAGAAAUCAACGUUUUAGAAGAAAAUGUCGAGCUCACAAAAUGAAACCUACAAAAAUGGAAAAGCUAAUCAAGAAAAGAAAUUGUAUUCAUAAGAAAAAUCAAAAAAAUAACUUUAUAAGACGUACGACAAAUACUAAUAUAGAAUUAACAAUUCGAAAAAACAAUCAAUCACAACCAAUAACAACAACAACAGAUCUUAAUAAACGUAAACGAGAUAUAUCAUUACAAGAAUUAUCAAAAACAAAUAUAACAAUACCAGAAACAACAAGUUCAAUAUCUAUUGUACAACUAUCAUCAAAAAAAAUGAAGAAUUUAUCAAAAACAAUCACUAAUCCAAUAAUCAAUGCGAAUAAUAGUGAUAUGAAUAGAAAUACAAAUUAUCGACGUCCUAUGUAUUUGACACGAUCAUCACACAUACUUUGUCAAAUAUUAAAUAAAACUUUAAAUUAUUCAUUAAAGAAAAAAGAUGAACAACAAUUUAUAUAUUUACAACUUGAACUAUUAGAUCAACAAUAUUGUCUAGAAAGAGAUCAAGAAUUAUGGCAAUCGUAUUUAGAUAUUGGUAUACAACAACACAUAUGGCCAGAUCAACUGUAUACAAUGGCAAAAACAAAUGAUUUCGAUUUAUGUAAAGAGUAUUUAAUGAAUUAUAUACAAAACAUCAAAAAACAAUUAAAUCAAUAUCAAUUAGAAUUGGCAAAACAGCAAUUUCGAACAUGUCCAAUCAUAGAAUUAUCAUUUGAACAAAUCGAACAUCGGCUUAAAGAAUUAGUGAAUCGUGAACGAAAAUAUUUAUCAAAAAGAAACAAUAAACAAUUGAUUAAAUUUAACGAUGAUAUUUAUGAAAAAGAUCUGUUUAAAACUAUAUCUACCUAUUUUCCUAAAACCAAUGAACAAGAUGAUUAUACAAAUGAAUUAAUUACUAUACGACAAAAACAAGCGGAAAUCUGGCAAGAACAACUUAUGUUAGAAAUGCGAAUUCUUUGUAAAUUUUUACCACAAAAUUUCAAUCAUUUGGAAAAUUUCAUUGCACCUAUUGCUUAUCUACCAUUGAACAAUAAUGAAAAAAUUGUAGCAGUUAAAAACAAACAUUAUAAAAUUAUACAAGAAGGAAAACGUAUAUGGUUAAAUUAUUUUUUAAAUAUUUAUGAAAUUAAAUUACAAGAAUAUGAAGAACAAUAUCAAAAUAAAUUCAAUAAAUUGGAAUCACAGUUAUUAGAUAAGAGCAUUAUAAAUGGACAUACUAUUGGUGUCUCACCUGAACCAUAUCUCGAUCUAAUUUCUAAUCCAUUUAAUAAACGUCAAUGGAAUUAUCUUUCACUUGGCCCAUCUUAUAUAAGAUUAAAUCAAAGUGCCAUUCGUCCUAAAUCUCAACAACUAACUGGAAUAAAAGAUGAACAUAAAGAUAUUUAUAAAAAAGUUGAAAAUCAUCUCGUGGAGAAACCUCAUUGUAUACCACGAACAAAACCAAUUUUCAAAGAAUAUUCAAAUCAUCUUCUUGAUUACCUUAAUCAUAGUUAUUUUACUCCAUUACCAUAUAAAGAUCAAUUACAAGCUCUCGAACAAGCACAAAUCGUAGGAUCAAUUCGACAAAUAAUAAAAAAUAUGGAUCUUAUCAUCCGUCUCACUGAUAAAGGUCAUAAUUUUUAUAUUGGUUUAGCUAUUGAAUUUGAAAAAAAAAUUGAAAAAUUUUUCUCUGAUACAAAUGCUUUCAUCGAAUUAUCUUACAAUCCAUUCAAUGAAAUAUUAGAUAAAGUCAUUGAAUUACUUAAUAAAUUAUAUUCAAAAAAACUCAUAUGGAAAUGGCAAUAUGAAGAAAUGAUGCCAGAUCGAACAAAAUGUGAAUUAGCUCAUUUAUAUUUUAAUCCUAAAACACACAAGGAUGGCAUACCUGUUCGACCAAUUGAAAAUACUAUUCAUGCAUCAACUACAAAAAUUUCAAAAUUAUUAGAUAAAAUAUGA